GCUAUAUUUGUUGUUGUUUCAAGUAUCAAACCCCAACGAAGCGAACUCUUCCUCACGAAGUGAUUUUCGAAGAAACCGAAACGGCGGAUCAGAAUGGGAAACCAGAAGCAGAAGUGGACGCAGGAGGAGGAAGAGGCACUUUUGGCUGGCGUACAGAAGCACGGUCCAGGGAAGUGGAAGAACAUUCUCAAGGAUCCUGAAUUCGCUCCGUUUCUCACUCAUCGCUCUAACAUUGACCUCAAGGAUAAAUGGCGUAAUUUGAGUGUCAGUACUGCUUCACAAGGCUCAAAAGAGAAGUCCAGGACUCCCAAAGCUAAAGCUAUUGUUGCUGCCUCAGUUUCUAACAACCAAAACUCUGCUCUUACUAAGUUUAAUGCAUCUGCUGAUGCUGCAGGAGAAGAUCCACCAAACAGCGCCCCACAGGAUGGGAAAAAUGUCCCAAGGUAUCAUACAAUGAUUUUUGAAGCUCUUUCAACCAUAAAAGAUUCAAAUGGAUGCGACAUAGGUACAAUUGUUAACUUUAUUGAGCAAAGGCAUGAGGUGCCACAAAACUUUAGAAGGCAAUUGAGCUCAAAGUUGAGGAGGCUUGUUUCACAAGGAAAGCUAGAAAAGAUUCAGAAUUGCUACAAGGUAAAGAAAGACAAUUCACUGGCAGUUAAAACUCCUACACCCAAACAAAAGGAUGUCAGGCAACGAAUGUCGCAAUAUACUAUGGGAGGGUUGAUGCCAUCAGGGGAGACGGUGGAAGACGCGGCGAAAGCAGCUGCCUACAAAGUUGCUGAUGCAGAGAACAAAUCUUUCUUAGCUGCGGAAGCUGUGAAGGAGGCAGAGAGAAUAGCAAAGAUGGCUGAAGAUACAGAUUCUAUGCUACAGAUUAUAAAAGAGAUGUAUGAAAAAUGUUCUCGUGGGGAAAUUGUUCUCUUGGCUUAGAUAAAUCGCUUGUAAGUUUAAUGGCCAAUCCAAUCCAUCGCUGUUUUUGUAAUCCGCAUGUAAAUUCUUCAAGCCAGUGGAAUUUUCAGGUUUCUUCAUGCAUCCCAUCAAAAUUCCCCGUCGCAAUCAAAUCAAAUUAAUUUAUAGGUAGAGAUCCAAUAUUUCUCUUGAUGUUCCAAUGAGCUUGUGUUGCUUCCAUUAGAAUUUGGUUAGAACAUACCCAAUUUUCCUAAGCAGAGGGGAGAUUAAGUGCA